AAACCCGGAGCCCCGCACACUGACCCGCACACACCAAGGACCAGGCCGGCAGCACGGAGCUCCAGCUCUGCUUGAUGGACUGAAGAGACCAAACUGUGAUCCGUGGAGGAAAAAAAGAAAAAAAAAUCACCGGUCAAACUUCUCCAGACUGUCCCGGGACGCGUCAGCACCGACUACCAUGAUGAUUAAGCCCUAUGUGAGACAAGGGGAGGGAGAGGAGGUCAUCAGCCCUCUGCAGUGGAUGGAUGGAGACAUGAGUUCACCCGAUGGAGACACUUCCAUCCCAUCACACCGCUACAGAGCAGGAGGAGUGACCCAGCAGACCAGGGAAAUGGGCAGCGAGGAUGCAGAGGAAGACGAGGAGGAAAUAGAGGAAGGACAGGAGGAUGAAAAUGAGUCCAAACGUAGAGGCCCUAAGAAAAAGCGGAUGACCAAGGCCCGGCAGGAGCGUUUCCGUGCGCGCCGUGUUAAAGCCAAUGCCAGGGAGCGCUCGCGUAUGCACGGCCUAAACGAUGCACUGGAGAACCUGCGCAGCAUCAUGCCCUGCCACUCCAAAACACAGAAACUAUCCAAGAUCGAGACACUUCGACUGGCUCGCAACUACAUCUGCGCUCUGUCCGAGGCUCUGGAGGGGGGGCUGUCCACGGAGAGCAGGGCUUUCAUGGAGACGCUGUGUAAAGGCCUGUCACAGCCCACCACCAACCUGGUGGCUGGCUGCUUACAGCUGGGACCGACUCCUGGAGCUGGGAUGAGGCCUGAAGACAGACAUGGAGUGCAUCCUCCACCUGCUCCUCUGGGAGGGAUGGUGAGCUACUCCUCUCCAGGCCUGCCAAGCCCUCCAUACGGUACUUUUGAUUCGGCUCACCUGCUUCACCUGAGGGCCAUGAAAGGAGGACCGUACGAGAAUCACUCGCCAAAUGAGUACAAUGCUGGAGGAGUGGGAACCCCUCCGUACGACGGCCCCCCAACUCCCCCUCUGAGCAUCAGCAGUAACCUGGUGCCCAAACAGGAGCCUUCACCCCACUACCCACCACCUCACCACUACUCCCCCUCCCCUGUUGAUCAGGUCCUGUAUCAGACUCAGACCGGCUAUGACGUACACUUAGAGGGGCCAUAUGACUCGUAUCAUCCACCACACAUGCCCCCCCGACAGAUAACCUCCGUCUACAGAGACUAAGAAGGAUCGGAAUAGUCAGUUCAGCCUCAAACCAUCAAUAAAACCUGAAUGACUGAGGCCAGCCUUUGAUCCGUCCUGAACACUGAGUGAUGUCUUGUGGAUCAAUCUCCCUCAGUAGACAGACUGCCAGUAGAAGAACUGUAGAAUUUCUGUUCUUUUUUUAAACAUGCGUGGUGCAUUUGCACAGUAGAUUAGCACUGCUCAACACUGUUAAUAUUAGAGAAUACUUGACUUAAACCAAUAAUUUUUCUUCAAAACUGAUGAACCAAAUGAUUAAAGGAUCUUGCAGGUCCUAUCCAGGAAAUGUUACUUUGACCAUUUUUAACAGGGAGCCCUGGUCCUGUAAGACAAGCACUUCUAAUUUAGCUUUGGCAACAUCAGAUAUUCUUCAUAAAGUAUUUUUUAUUUAUUCAUUAAUUUAAUACAGUCUAUUUGUAGUUUGGUCUGAUGUGUCAAUGUGACGGUUUUCCUUUUGUAUAUAUUUGUAGUCAGAGCAUCUCUUUGUUUACUCUUUAGACCAAUAGUUAAUCUCUUAUCUUUCUUUUGUGUCCAGCUUCCUUUUGUUGUAUUGCAUCUAAUAUUUUGCACUCAAAACACACUCAGAGGUAGAUCUGUGAGCACAAUGUAGCUGAUCUGUUGUGGGAGUUGAGAGAAGAGACGAAUGUGUUUCAAUUUAUGGAAAAAUUUAAACCAAGUGAAAAAUAAUUGAGGAGUUUACAUGAGGGAUGAUGGCAAAGAAGCAAAAAAUAAUAUUUCUCAGGUUAACAUUGUGAAAACUUUGCAUUGGAUAUGAUGUUUUAUUUGUAGUUUUUGAUUUUUCUUUCUUUUGGAAAAUUGAUGUUAUUAAAAUUUUUCAAAAAUUCAA